GUAGUACAGCUGGUUGGUUUAACCUGUGUCGAGCAACGUACCUAAUACAACGUAUUUGAACUAGAGCUCUACCUAGUCCACCACUUAAGGGACCUGUUUGUACCCUGUAUACUUUGUGUGUGUGUGUGCGUGCGUGUGCGUGUGGAUUUGUGCGAAUUUGUGUCGUCAUGACGACCCUUCACAACACUCCGGAAAAGGCAAAACGCACACCAAUCAACCAAGGUGAAAGCUGGGUCAGAUUCGCUUUAGAAGUAGGCCAGUUCAAUUUAAAAUGCAACUCAAGACAAAAUUAAAUAUUUCGUUAUUACGUUAGUUAGCACUUAUGUGUGCGUGUUUCAUCUUGUAGCUGCUUGGUUAGCUGGAAUUAUCGUUCUGUUAGCUCUACUUGCUUGCUAGGCCAGUUAUAGCUCUACUGCAUAGUAAGAUACAGUUUACAGUACUGUACAGUAGCUAGACUACGUCAACUACUGUUCAUUUAGCUAUCCAGCCUAAGUAGCUUACUGUUUCUGUAUUUUGUCUGAUAACAUAGCACAAGUUCUGGCAGUGACAGAUGUAUGCAAAUAUCUGUUCCAAGGAUGCCUGUCUACAUCAGAAAAUGUCGUGUGGAUAUCCCCGGGCCCCAAGAGAAUGGACAAGGUGCGGAUGAUGAAUAUGAAUCAUACAUGAGAGACCCAGACCAGCUCCGAGAUCAGUUGCCUCAACCAUUUCGAAUGAUCGACAAGGUCCUGAGCAGACUGAUUGAUAGUGCAUGGGACACUAUUUCAGAGAGAGAAAAUAUUAAGAUAGCAGAGCAAUCCAAGAGGAACAUCCCAGUUGUGGAGCUGUCAGAUCACUUAAAGCUUCCCGUGAGGACAAACUGCUUGACUUGUUCUGAGGAUGGCAGAUACAUAUUUAUGGGUCACUCCCAGGGCUUGUCUGUUAGCAGCUCUCCCUCUCUUAUCUGUGUCUCAGCAUGGCUGGAGGAUAGAGUGGAAAUCACAUCCCUUCACAUCGCUUGUCUUGGGGAGAUGACUUAUCUACUUGGUGCCCUGGAUGAUAUGGGUGUUGCAAGGCUCUUUGCAUUUCAGGCAGAAAGCAUCCACCUGAUCAAAGUUAUUAAUGAAACAGAAGACUUUAAUCAGAGAAAUGUUUGCUCAAAUUUUGAAUUAUCCAAACGAGGAGAUUUUGGAUCUGCAUCAAUGAGCUGCCAUGGUGCUCACUGGCUUGAAGUUUACCGCUUCCCCAAAGAGUCAUGGCUGAAAGAGCUGGAGAUGCUUCCUGUGGCAUUGCAAAAACAGCUCCCCCCAGGAACUGGAGAUAUAAAAUUGUCUCCUAUUGUUAUGUUAAUGAAAAUCAAGCCACCAAAAACUCAAUCAGGUUCCACAUUGAAAAGUCCAUUGGAGGUUCUACAGAAGACUGAUGAUGGCACUGUGAUAGGCUCUGGACAAAACCACCUGAUUAGCAGUUGCCAAUGGGAUGAUCAGGAAGCUAUUUUCAAGUCCAUGUAUAGAAAAUACCUCAUUACUAACCCCUCCAAAACAAAGGACACAGAGGAAAAAACAAGCCAUUGCACAAGCCAUUUCCUGCUUCCUGGGGGUCUGUUUCCUGUCCAUGGAGGGACAAAACCCCUAUCAGGACUGCCUGUUGCUGUCUGCAUGUGGUGGACUGGUAGCCAUAAUCUUCUUCAGUAUUUCUUGUGCAAAGCUCCCAAGGAUAAGCCUGACAUGGAGCAUAAACCAGAUGUGUUGUGGCCCAACGCACAGGAAAUCUUCUGUUCCACUGUUAGCAGUUGCACAAACUACAUUGCUCUUGGACUGGACACUGAACUGGUUACUGUAUGGGACAGAUAUUCAGGGCUUCCACUGCCUAUUCUCUCGGUGUCAGCAGACAGUGCCUUCAGCCGGAUGUUGUUUGUGGAUUACCGCCAUGUGUCUUCUGAGGAAACCCUCCACUGCCAGGGCCAAACUCAAUGCAAAAUCCACCUCCUGGUUACUUGUAAGAGUGGAGCAUGCCACAUACUCACCACAGGGUCGGGAAUGGAGUCCCAUGCCACACAACUAACAGAAAGACCUGCAGAUCCAAGGACUCUCCCUACAGUCACAGAAUCUGUGCCAUUCCUGCUGGGCUUGGUGUGUUUCAUGCACAACAAUGGCACAAUAUCCUUGCAAGAUGUCAUUAGAAAAACCACAGUGUGUUUUAUCAGCCUCCCUGCAACCCAUCUGCUGGCUACCCCCUGGAGUCCAAUUUUCACUCUAGACUCAGUCCACCAAACUCUGUUCAUACGAGGUGACCAACAACCCAGUGAAAAUGGGUGUACAGAAGGAAAAGACAGCAGUCUGUUUGCCUGCCACUUUCAUCAGUUAGCGAUUGUUGAGGCCUACAGAAUGGACAUAAGAGAUCAUUUGAAGGUUCAAAGAAGAGAAAGAUUCACAGAUUUGGAGAAUGGAUGCAAUCUUUAUUUCCAGCAAAGAGUGCAAUCUCUUGAUGAAAGGAACAAAGCCAUGACGCAUACCUGGAACCAGCUCCAGCAGCAUGCUUGCUUACCCUCCACCUACAGUAAUGCACUUUAGCGGACAUGGCAUUGCACUACAGCGGAUCUGGGUGGUUUUCAUACAAGAAUAAAUACAG